UAGCAUUCGGACGCGUUUCUCUGAAGCUUUCGCGGAACCGCAGCCACCUACCUCGUUGCGUUACCUUUCACCGAAAGUUUAUCAUUUCUCGCUGAAGCUCGUUGAAAUGAAUAAAUUUAUUUUACCGAAUCGAAUCUUUGGUGAUUUUUCAAGAACAUUUCGUACGAAGGCAUUCGCAGAUGUAUCGUCUCCUUGUAAAAAGUGCAUUUACAAAUCGAUUCAGUUUUUCAACAGGUUACCCAAUGAAGAACGUCUGGAGCGAUCAUCAGAGCGCGUCGAUGGACGACAUGCUGCUAAAGGAGAGGCACUUCGAGGCGAUCUACUUCCCUUACUGCCCGGACGAUCCUAACGAUAAGCAACAACAGCAACCGCAACAAAUACAGCCGCAACUGUUCAUCUGCAGUCUUUGCGGCAGAGAGUACACCUGGAUGUACAGCCUUCGUCGUCAUCAAUUGCAGUGCGGCAACAAGGAAGCGAGAAACAAAUGCCAGUUUUGCUCGAGGAAGUUUUAUAGACGCGAUAGACUGAAAGAACACGUGCUAUCUCAUCACUCGAAUAUGAUUUAGCGAACGAAACGAAACUAAUGACUGUCUAUCAUUUGCACUUCCAAGUGGACGAUGGAAGUACCGAUUUUGACACGUACCUUUAGAAAAUACGUCUGUGUAUCAAUUUUCGUUCAGGUGUUUCCUCUUGUUUCGUAAGCUGACGAUUUGUUAAAGAAUCUAACAAAUUGUAUUUUUCCUCCCAAAGUAACACGAAUUUAAUAAAGCGACUGUCGAUUAA